CGAAGAAGAACGCGGUUCAAAGGUCAAGUUGGUUGAAUUUGGUUCCGGUGUAUUUUCUCUGGGGGUCACACAGAAGGGGAAAGGAACCUAAAAGGCUUCAAACAUGCUGUUACGAAGGGUGUUGCACAUCGGUGGCUUGACGCUGAAACACAGCAGGCCGAUCCACCACAGUCCAGUCUGGAGGAGUCCCCUCAUCCCCAUGGUGGUGGAGCAGACGGGUAGAGGAGAAAGAGCAUAUGACAUCUAUUCUCGCCUCCUGAGAGAGAGAAUCAUUUGUGUAAUGGGUCCUAUCGAUGACUCUGUAGCCAGUCUGGUGAUCGCCCAGCUGCUCUUCCUACAGUCAGAAAGCAACAACAAAACCAUCCACAUGUACAUCAACAGUCCUGGAGGUGUGGUGACAGCGGGCCUGGCCAUUUACGACACCAUGCAGUACAUCCUCAACCCCAUCUCCACCUGGUGUGUUGGCCAGGCGGCCAGCAUGGGCAGCUUGCUCCUGGCGGCGGGAACGUCGGGCAUGAGGCAUUCGCUGCCCAACGCCCGCAUCAUGGUUCACCAGCCUUCAGGGGGCACCAGGGGUCAGGCCACGGACAUCGCCAUCCAGGCCGAGGAGAUCAUGAAGCUGAAGAGACAGAUCAACAUCCUCUACGCCAAACACACAAGGCAGCUGCUGACAACCAUCGAGGGCGUGAUGGAAAGGGACCGCUACAUGAGCCCCAUAGAGGCGCAGGACUUCGGCAUCAUCGAUCGGGUGCUAGUCCACCCGCCCCAGGCGGGCCAGGACGAGCCCGAGCUGGUGCAGAAAGAGCCGGCGGCACCAGCCAGUCCGCCUCCGCAGCCAGAGUCGGCGGCCCCGGAGCAGACGCUCCCCGGGACCAACGCCCCCUCCUCGUACAAACCUGAGCCGUGACGGAGCCGUCGGGAUACGGUACUUGUACAGUUUCUGAAGGGACAAGGCGGCGCCUCGGUGCCGUGUUUCUCUGGUCUUAAGUGGCUUCUUUUCUUCCCACCCUAACAACACAUUGAGGCAUCGGAGGCUAGUGAACAGAGAGGGUCCUCAUGUGACGUUAAUGUAAUGUACCUUUUCAUAUUACUUUUGAGAUGGUGAUCCUAGAUGAAAUAAAAGUGAUGGCUGAGAAGCAGACGGACAUCUUUUUGAGUGAAAGUGGUCUCAGCUGCUCUUCUGUAACGCAGUGAGGUUAUUCCUGUUCAGACCACUAAGAUCGCCAGCUUGCUCGGGACCUCUUUGCUGAAGAGGCGUCCGCAUUUGAACACUCAUAUUUGUGAUGAAUAAAUGUGAUAAUUCUGACCACAA